UUUUGUUUUGUUUUUAUUUUAUCAAAUAUCGAUUUUAAUAUUUUUUUUAUCAAACGUUAAGUUAAAAAGGUUAUCAUCAAUGCGCAAAACACAAUCCAUAAACUUAUCGUUUUCAUCCGAGCAUUGCUUGGUUUCUUAACUUGCUUAGAAGCGAAAACACAUAUUGAGCUUCGAGAAAUAAUUUCUCAAAAUUCAAAAAAAGCUUUUAAGGCUCGUCAAUUUCGAAACCGGAUGAGAGUCAAAACUGUUUCGAAUCAUCUAAUUACGUGUUAAUUUCUUUCGCCGCGACGAAUCUAAACUCUGUCUUUUCGAAGGGACAAAAUUGUGAAGAGUACAAUAGAAUUAACGCCCUGAGUGUCUUUGUAGAGAAAACAGAACAACAAAAAGAGGAGGCAUUGCCGGAACACGUGGUCAAACCGAAAGGCAAAUUAACUGCUCUCUCUGCAAUAAACUUUAAAAAAUCACGUCAAAGAAAAUCUAAAAAAACGACUGAAUCUAAGGAUCCUGCGUUCUACAACGAUAAUAAUAAAAAAUGUUUCCAAAAAUAUAAUUGUACAGAUAUUUACUUAAAGUAAAAAUUAUCUUUCACUUAUUUUCGCUGAAAGUAAUGCACAUAGCUUUUAUUUCUAAAAUCCCUGAAAUCUAUGCAGAACACUUGAUAUGCAAAAAUGGUCGGAACUUUUGCAAGAUUUUAAAGCACACGGCGAUCAAAUCAAGAGCGAUCUGGAUCCUCAAGACAAUAAAUUAGAUUCUAAUCGAAAAUCACAAAUUGAAGCUAUUCAAAAUAAAAUCAAGGCAAAACAAUCUAACAAGGAAAUCCUGGAAGUAAAACGCGAUAUAAUUGCGGAGAAUAUAACGAAGCAGGGUAAAAAAUUACGUGCGAGUCCCGUAAAAAGAAUUCCAGCGACGAGCAAUUUCAUCUACGAAUUCAAUCCAUUCGCCAAUGCCGAGCAAUUAAAUUCAUUGUCGCGGACUUGUUUGCGACCUACGAGUAAUUCUGAACAAAAAUUACCUUGUGCGAGAACAGAUAUCACGUCAUUCGUCAAUUCAAAUAGUAAUGAGGAAAACGGAAACUUCCUGAAACGGAAGUCGUCUGCUGUCUUACCGGAAUUGAAAUCGCGUAUUGAUUUCGUUAAGGAUCAUUCGGAUUGGAAUAUAACGGAUUCUACCCAGAAUACUUGCUUGCCAAUACUUGGCAAAGCGAAUUCGGCGAAGACAUUGAGCAAACAACGGCUUGACAAUGAAUGCGAGCCAAGUGACAUAGAUCAUGAAGUGGAGAAAGUAAAGUCAGCUUGGCAAGCAUUACGAGCGGAAAGAAAUUGGACGAAGGGUAAAGAUUGCAUCGGCAGUGUUCAUACGAAAAAAUUGUAUGAAAUAUUGGAAAAGGUGACAUGCGAAGUAGACAGAAUUCAGGAACGCUAUAUGGAUCCCAAUGCGAAUCAUUACUUGCGUAAAAGCGCGACAAAUGUCCUCAAAACAAACAGUAAACCGAGUUUAGAAGAAGAAGCCGAAAUCAUGAGAAAUAUAAUUUUUCCCAAGGGAAAGACGAAACUCGAAUCGGAAAUCUUUAAUUUGAAAAAUUUUGAUACCGAAAUGACGAAUAAACAGCCGACUAAAAAUACAUUUCCGUCGAAACAUAUCGCGAAAAAUCGAUCUGUACACACUAACGCAUACGGGCAUAAUAUUGAUAAUGAUAUUAUAUCAGAGAGUAUAAAUGCAUUGAAUAGCGAUAAAAAACAACAUACAACUACAGAUAUAAUGGAACUGGCGUUUAAAGACGAUGGUAAGACGAGGAUGAAGAUUAAAUCUUCUAUUGAAAAGUACUUGCAAAAUUAUAGCAACAACAUUUAUAAACCGCGCGAUAUCGAAGAAAAGAAAGGGGAAGAGCAUUUUCAAGAUAUAACAUCAUCGGCAAAAGAUAUUGCAAAUAUUCUUGCGAGUCAUAACAUUAAAUCACACGGGCUGUAUGAAAAUGUUGAAAAUUAUGACGACGCCUAUGAUUCAGAAGAUUGCAUGAGUGAAAGGGAUAAAAAUUUUCCUUGUUCAAAUAUCGCAACUAAUACUACGCAAGUAACGUUUGUCGAUAAAAUUCAAGACAGUAAAACAAUUUGUGAUAAUACAUUCCUUGAAAAUACAGAAUAUAAGAACACGCAACCGAUAAAAGUUGAUGUAAAAUCUAUCGGUACUUCGAAACAAUCAAAUCUAACAAGUUACCAAGAUAACGCUUUUAUUAAAAUGGGAUUGAAUGUUUUAGAGAAAAAUUUAUCGGAAGACAAAUUGUCGCAAAUAUUGCAAUCGGAAUACUUGAAAAAGAAUUUAUCUUUAUAAUUCGUGUAAUAUAUCUGCCGUAUAAUGGCAUAGAUAUCUUUCAUAUAUAUUUUACUGCUUUUAAAAAUAUUUUUAAAUUACAUUUUAAAUUUUGUAAUUU